UUCUUUACUAAAAGACUUGAAAGACUUGAAAGAGCACAACUACUCAUUUCUGCUUCUAGUUAUGGCUUCUUCUGUUCCUACUUCCAUAACCUCUACUCAGCGAAAGUAUGAUGUUUUCAUUAGUUUCAGAGGAACUGACACUCGUGACAACUUUACUAGUCAUGUAUAUGAUGCUUUGUGUAAUGCAAGAAUUCAAACUUUCAUUGAUAAUGACCUCAAUAGAGGAGAUGAUGUUUCAGAUGCUCUUCUCCAGACGAUUGCGGAUUCAAAAAUCACAGUUGUCAUUUUCUCUGAGAACUAUGCUUCUUCAAGAUGGUGCUUAGAUGAACUCGUGAAAAUCAUGGAGUGUAACAAAGAAAAUGGACAAAUUGUUAUACCAGUCUUCUUCAAAGUGGAUCCAUCACAUGUAAGAAACCAAUCAGGCCCUUUUGGACAGGCUUUAGCUCCGUAUGAAGGUCAUCUGAAGAUACAAAUAUGGAGGGAUGCUUUGAAAAAAGCUGCUAAUUUAUCUGGAUGGGAUUCAAAGGUCGAAAGGCCUGAAGCUAUGCUUAUUAAAAGUCUUGUGAGAGAUAUUUUGGACAAGCUUUACUACACUCCCUCAAGCAAUUUUGGUGAUCUUGAAGAAGAUUGAUCUCGGUGAUUCGAAGAAGUUGAUUGAAAUUCCAGAC